UAAUGGUUUUCCCCUCCCACGCCAUUAGGAGUGGAAAUAGGCUUUUUGGCAAGCAGACCGAGCCACAAACGGAUUCUGAGGUAACGUUUCUUAUUGCACUUCUUUGUCCGCAGGCGACCUUCCGCCGCUCCUCCUGGUGUUUUAACAAGUGGGGAACUCACAACAAAGCCAUCACGCACUCGGUGUCGUUGGUGCCCCUCCUGGGGAGCACAUCCUCACUGCCACCUUGUGUGCGACAGCCCCUGAAAUCCUGGGAUACAGCCUGCAGCAUCCUGAGGAGAGUCUCUGAGCCAGCCAAAAAGCAACCAAGGAGGAGGAUUUCCCAUCCAGGAUAUGGAAACUAUAUAAGGAAAGGGAUAAAGUCCUGGCAGUGCGAUGCACAGACACAGCACUUAAACAUCUUUGUCACAGGCAAUACCAUCUUUGGUUUAAAACCAGCAGAUUUCAGUAGUCUUGGCAACAUUCAAUGUUAUUUUGUCUCAGACUGGGGCAGAGUUGAACUGCAGCAGCAGAGCAGGGCAGACCACACCAGCACUUCUCUAUGCAUCAUUGUUGCUGCAUUCAUCAACUACUGCUUGCCUGCUGCUUCCAUGAAUUCGUUUGGGUAGAUGCCCACUUAAAAUAACGUUCUAGAAGGGGAAAGUUAAAACUCACAAUCCAGACCCAGUGCAUCUGAUCGAGAGACUAUCGCUGUUAGGAUAAAGUUUGUUGCAUGACCCUCUGGUAUAGCCAGAGUAACAGAAAAAGCCAACUUGUUGAAUUUUAACUUGAGAACAAGAUGUUCCUGUUUCCUCUUCAAAUACCGUUGGCAAAUAUACAGACUAGCAAAAGUAGCCUUUUAGCCCACUGCCACAUACCCAUCUCCCAGCCAAACACCCAGGCCUUUUCAGUGAAAAAAUGAAGGAUUUUAUCUUUUUUUUUUUUUUCUUCCAA